AUGGCGAGGGUAACAAUAUACUCAUCCGGCGCCCAUUAUGGUCCUCUCAAGCCAGCUGCACCGCUGCGAUACGACAUGCGAAAUGUCACAAACCCUCCGCGACAGCUCCGGGGUAACAUGGACGGGAGGUCAAAGAAGCUGCGAGAUCACUUGAUGAACGAUAAGGACUUUCUCGCAUUGUUGGAAACGAUACAGAAUGAUAUCCUGCGAGAGAUUGAAAGACUUCAGAAGUUAGAAUGCGGCAAGGAAGUGCAAGUGCAAGUGGGUGUGGGAGCGGACAAAGAGGUCGAUACAACGCACGAAAUCCAACAAAGUCGGGAAAUACCCGAACAGGAAUGUUCCAAAGACGCCGAUUCUCACGACAAAGAAUAUCUACCGUCAGAUGGAGAGGACACAGGGGAUGAAACCUCCACAAAUGAGAGCCAGUAUGGUCCAGAUAAUGAAAACGAGCCAACAGUCGUUGUCAACUGCUUUUGCCAUCUCGGACGUCACCGUAGCGCGAGCAUGGUAGAAGAACUUGCUAGGCUGAAGUGGCCCGCAGGCACCGACAUCGAGGUCAUUCAUCGUGAUAUUGACAAGGACCGAAGGAGCUCGGGGAAACAAAAAAAGGUUGCAAAGUCUUCUAGAAUGCGUGCAGAUAACGGAUUUUCUGAGGACUAG